GACCUUCGAGCAGGCACUGAAGGAUGCGCUUAACUUUCGAACUAAGUGAAGUGAUCGAUUGAAUGAUUUGUGCAGCAACGACAGCAACCGUGAUGAGUGAUAACCGUGCCGAAACAACCGACCGUAUAUCAGCUGCAAACAGCACAGAAAUCUGCGGCCGAAAACCGAGCAUCAGUAGUAAGAUUGUAGAGUUUCGACUUGUUGCCCAGAGGGCUUGAUGAUGUGGCUGCGAGCGUGAUGAUCGACAGCAUCAAGUACUAUAAAGCGGUCAACGAGCUGAACAUCACCGACACACUGCAGAUGACGAGCUAAACGGCGACGGCUUGUAUGGCGCCACCGAAGGCGAAGCAUCCUACCAACUUGCCAUACGAUCCCUUGGUGCAAAAGUGACGAAACACUGCCUGCUGCUUCAGCAGGAUAACUUUCCACAGCUUGCAAGCCGUCUAGCACCGGGAGAUGCACAGAACGGGGCGCUCCAUGGGGAGGUUGUCGAUGAUCUGAGCCGCUCAUCAACACCGAUCGACUACGAUGCUAGCGAUCUAUCUACAACCAUUAACAGCAACAGCAACAACAGCAUCAUCAUCAGGCGCAAUAGCAGCAUUCGGUACAUCAUGUGCAGUAGACACAGCAGCCGGUGCAAGUACCUCAUCCGAUGAUACGUGGAGUGCUAGUUACCGGUACGCAGAAUGGGGGAGGUGAAGGAUGCGCUCACCUUUCGAACAAAGAUGCUCCGUUGCCAGCCCGUACGCCAUACGUGAAUGGUGCCGGUGGUGUGCCGAAGGAAAUCGCCGGUCGUGAGUGGAGUGCGGAGACGAUAGAGGACGUCAAUGCGACUACAGCGGUGCUUGCCCUGAAGCAUGGACCGAAAAUUGUCAUCGAAAACUCCUUCCGUAAUGGCACGCCACCGCUAUCACGACAUCACCGCGGCGCGGGAGAACGAUCGGCUACGGCCCUGAUCGUCAAUGGGGAGUCCCCUCUGCUGAUUCGAAUCAGCAUCAGAGUGAGGUUCAGCAACGGUACCUCAUCGGAUGCUACUUACGAAAACAGCGAGGAAAGCCACCAUCCACAUCAUGCAUCGGCCAAGGAUGUGGAGGAAUGUAUCGGCCUAGGGAAUGUUCUCUCCUCGCCAGCCUCGUUGAACGGUUUGUUAAAGCGAUCGGCACCGAAUGAUUCGUACAGUGGCACCCCGACUGGCCAUCAUCACCAUCACCACCAUAAUCGGCAGCAACUCGUUGCUCACCGGAUCAACGAACAAUGCGGAUAGCAAACGGUGCCGGCACUCCUCCACCACAUCAUCCACAUAAUCUCGGCACGGAGUACGGUGGCCCAGCACCACUGUCAUUGCCAGGUACGGGUAUCACGGUGUCCCCAUACUAAGGUGGAAUUCUGCAUGCUGCUAGCAUAGCUUCGGACGAUCUACUAGCGUUACACCUCGCCACCACGGCAAAGAAAACCAAAGCCCGCAUCGGAACGGCAGUGAUCCAGCAGUUGCGUAUGCUGUGAAGGUGAUGUUGCCGUCAGUGCGACCGAAGCUGCCGCGAAGGAAGUUGAUUCGAAUCGAAAGUCGAGAUCGAAUCGAAGUGUAUCGAAAGAGAGCACCAUG